UUUGAUUAUAUGCAAAUCUCAAAGGAAUCUGCUAGAUUAAUGAUAAAUACUGAAAAAGAGAUGGAUAUGUUAAUUUUAGCUAAAAAAAAAUUUGCAAAAGUAAUUUAUCAAAUGGAAAAUACUAUACUUUUAUCAUCUUCAGAAGUGAAAUUUUCUUCUCCAUAUAUUUUAAUGCAUUUAAGAAAUAAAGAAAUAGAGAUAUGUUUUCAUAUAAAUAAAGAUGAUACAUUUAAGUCAUUUGUUAUAAAAGAUGCUUUAGAUUUAGCUAAUAACUUCUCAAAUAGGACAACUUUCACGAAAAAUUCUACUGGAAAAUAUCAUACUUAUGUAGCAAUUACUAAGUCAAAUCAAGUUUUACAAGAUUUUUGA